AAACACACACGAUGCUUCGGCUCCGAUCCUACUUAUGACCGUUACACCAAACCUACAUUUAAAUCAACCCUCAACGCAACUCAACACAACUCAAACCUAAUUCCAAACCCAAAUCCAAACCCAAACCAAAGCUUUCUCUCUCUCUCUUUCUUCUUUAUCUUCUUCAUCAUCUCUGAAAUCCAAACCCAAAUCAAAAUUCAAACAAUGGUUUCAAAGAUGAAGAAGAAAGCUGCUCCAACCAAAUCAAUCAAAGACAUUAACCGCCGUCGCUGGCGUCGGAAAACUCCGAUUAAAAAUGUCGUUGCGGCGUCCUCUGCCGUUCUUUCCUCCAUCCACCGUCGCAUUUCGAAGCUUCUCACAAAAUUGGGAAUCACACGUCUCAGUUCAAAUCGGAAAAGAAACAGCUACAAAAUUCUCAAGAAAACAACAACACAUUUCAAUCUUCAUCAAGAAACUUCCUUAGACACCGUUUGCAAAACCCUACUUUUCGACGAUAACGAAUCCACAUCAACAUCCACCACCGGCACCGCACUUCUUCCUCCUUCAAUUUUGAAUCGGAAAACAAUUUUUCUCGAUCUAGAUGAAACCCUAAUUCACUCGUCAACAUCACCGCCACCGUGUCGAUUCGAUUUCGUAGUUCGUCCGAUCAUCGACGGAGCACCGAUGGAUUUCUACGUCGUAAAACGACCUGGAAUCGACGAGUUGUUGGAAUCUUUAUCGUCGAGAUUUGAAAUUGUGGUUUUUACUGCUGCGCUUAAGGAGUAUGCUUCUUUGGUUCUUGACCGGUUGGACCGGAACCGGUUUAUUUCGCAUCGGCUUUAUCGUGAUUCGUGUAGGAGUAUUGAUGGGAAGCUUGUGAAGGAUUUGGCUCUUGUGGGUAGGGAUUUGAAAAGGGUUGUUAUUGUUGAUGAUAAUCCGGUGUCGUUUUCGAAUCAACCUGAAAAUGCAAUUCUGAUUAAGCCUUUUGUUGAUGAUAUUUGUGAUCGUGAGCUUUGGAAAUUGAGAAGAUUUUUUGAUGGGUCUGAUUGUUUUGAUGAUAUGAGAGAUGCUAUCAAAUAUCAUGUUGCUGAGAUAGAAAGAAGACGUUAAUUAGCAAAAAAUGAAAAAAAUGUUUAGUUUUUAUUUUUCAAGUUUGUAUUUGUGAAAGAGUCAAGUUUUGAACAAUGAAGAAUGAAUUAUUAUUCAAUUGUGUUUAGUGAAGAUAAUUGAUAAGAUAGAAAGAAGAAAAAACCAGGGUAAUGUUUUGUAUUACUACUGUUAGUAAUGAUUAUUAAUUUAUUAUUAUUAUGUUGAGCUUAAAUUGUUCUGUUAAUUGAUUCUAUGGUUUUAACAGUUAAAGUGAUUCAGAUCAGAUUUU